AUCAGCCGUCUGCGCCGGCGCUGAUUGCCGGCCGCUUUCCAGUGCGAGUGCCGAUCGCGCGCGCCAUGAACGCGUGUGCGCAGACCACGCCGCGCACGCACUUCAUCGAGAUCGUCGAGCCGGAACCAGAACACUGCUCCGGACCCCUCCCCCCGGAAGGCAACGUCAAGAUACAGAACUAUAGACUCCUCAACGAAAACCUACGAGCCUACACUCCCACAGGAGACGUGCACACGUCUCCCCAAAAAGGGAAACUCGUGUCAAGGUUCGACAUCUGCACCACGAUAUCACCUCCACGCGCGAAAAUCUUAGAACUCCUAAGGCCCGAGGACCCGGGGCGAGAUGCCCUCGAAGCUAUCAUCAAGCCGGCGCCUCGCAGAGGUCUCACCAGACCUCUGGACGAAGACACCCGGCGGUUUCUCCAAAGAGCUCUACUCUCUCCUAGUCCCCAGAAUCUCUCAAUGAAUCCGACGCCAGAACCACAAGUGCAUAGUGAAUCGGACCGGCAUAGUGAUGAGGAAGACGUGAAAAACGCCGAGGAAGUGAAAGUUAGUGUAGUGAAUCAAAACUCUAGUACCGAAAGAUCUUUAGCUGAGGAACUGAGAGAAGCAGAGGAGGACGAGAGAUCGGGGAGGAAUAUAAGGAGGGAAUUACUUCGGGAGUUCAGAAAAAAAGGGGGAGGGUUAAGGGAGGCGUUCGAGCGGGAGCGGAUGGGCAAAUUGGCGUUGUCUGUGGAAGAGGACGAAGAUUGGCAAGAGAGUGGUCUGACUGCAGCUUCGCGGCGCUUGGACGCCCUGCUGGCGGAGUCCAGGGACCUCCACGAGGAGCUGGCGGGCAUCCAGGAGGACAUCCAGGCACAAUCAGCGCGCGCCUGUCGCUGCGCGGCGGCUGCGCGUGCGCUGACCGACGAGUCGCGCGCGCUGCGCUAUCUAGACGACGUUGUAGCCCUUCUCAAAGGGGAUGUUAAGUCUGUGUUACGCACCAGGAGAUGGCCCUUCGCUAUUGGAAGACGGGACCCGAGCCGCAACUACGUUAUUUGAUCUCAGUGCGCAGAUAGCGGGAACUCAUGGACUACGAUGCUGACUUACUAUCUCACUAACUAGUCUUAUUAUUAAUUGUAUCAUGUUAUUAAUGACUAGCUUUUGUUCCGGGAUGCUCUCUCGUGGGAAUCUGAAAUGUUAUCUUUAUAAAGUUACUUAAUACUUUAAAAUGUUGAUAGAUUCUUUAAGACUAGUUUAUAAGUUGUAUUUCUUUUAAGGAAUUUGUAUUUAAUCACAUUUUACCUAUUUAUACAUCAGAUUGUUUAAUAUGGGCAUUCGAUGAAAUAGCGAAGUAUAAUGUAAAAUAUAUAUUUAUAUUAAUCCCUAAAGGGAUGCUUAGGUUGUGUUAGAGAGGUUUAGUUUUAAGUGGUUCUUGAUCGAUUAAAGUACAUACAUAUAAUCACGUCUAUAUCUCUUGCGGGAUAGACAAAGCCAACAGUCUUGAAAAGACUGAUAGGCCACGUCAGCUAUUUGGCUUAAUGAUAGAAUUGAGAUUCAAAUAGUGACAGGUUGCUAGCCCAUCGCCUUAAAGAAGAAUCUCAAGUUUAUAAGCCUACGCCUUAGUCGCCUUUUACGACAUCCAUGGGAAAGAGAUGGAGUGGUCCUAUUCUUUUUUGCUAUUGGUGCCGGGAACCACACGGCGCGAUUCGAUUAAAGUAAUUGAGGAAUAACCCCUUUUCAUAUAAACAAACAAAGAAAGUGCAUAAAGUUUUUCGGCAGUUGACUGUACAUACAAUAAAUUAAUAUUAAAACAAUACAUAUUGAAAUUUCAGUUCUGUUCAGGCCAAUCGGAAAAAGUUCUUUUCUCAUCAUGCCCUGGCCGGGAUUCGAACUCCGAUGUCACAGACAAGCGUACUACCGCUGCGCCACAGAGGCCGUCAAAAAUCACUCUCAUCUCUGCGUGUUCCCGGUUGCACCCUCCACAGAAUUGUAUCGAAGCCCGGGGUCCCCCAAUUAACAGGAAUAUAACCCAAGAAUUAACAAUUUCAAGCAAACACCACAACUUCUUACAAAACCUAGACCUCAAAAAUGUAGUUUUGCCUAAUUUAAAUACGAUGUGGGUGUUCUUACGACAUUUUCGUGUAUGUGACGUUAAUUAAUGUGUUUUUAAAUGGCUCCCGGUCCUGGCUCCUGGCUUCCUGCAAGUCAUUCCAAACGGCCUAAUGAUGUGGCGGAGUUCUCGAAGUUUCGGGAAAGAAUAAGGCUGAGUUUACACUAGAGAUUGACGAGUAUUAAGCCAAAAAGCUGAACGUGGCCAUUCAGUCUUUUCGAGACUAUUGGCUCUGUCUACCCCGCAAGGGAUAUAGACGUGACCAUAUGUAUGUAUAUAUUGAAGAGUGUGGGGUGCAUAGGUAUAGAAGUGCAGAACCAACUUUUUUUUUAACUAAAGCAAGGUUUUAUUAAUAAAUUGGCACCAUAUAUUUAGUUUGUCGUUGGUAAAAGGCUUUAUUGGUUCUAAAGCUUUAUUUAUAUCGCUUGUUUUGCUACAGAACAACAUAUAGAAUUAUUAAUUUAUCGAGAAAAUGCAUAGAUUAUAAUAAAACAAAUUGUAUGUACCUGUUUUUAUGAAGUUUGGGGAGUUAGUUCGUUACGUACUAUCUUAGCGCAGAAUAUACAUAUCUGUUGAAAAUGCAAUUAACAAUAGUAAUACCGCAUAUUCUAUAUCAUUAAGCAAAGAAUGUUGAUGAUUAUUACCAUCUUCUGUAUUGAGAAGAAAAGAGUUACAAAUUGUAUAAAUACAGUUGUAAAUGAAAUUAAUUUUAAAAUUGUUUUUUAAUGUAUAAAUUCUCUAUCGACUGUACUUGCCCCUCAA